UGGCUCAAGCAGCAUCUAGUCCGCAAAUCUAGAAAGUGCUGUCUCAAGAAAAGAAAUACGCUCUAGCAUGAAGAUGGAGGUUGAAUAUCAAGAGGAAUACGUAAGGAAUUCAAGAGGAGUGCAGCUCUUUACUUGUAGAUGGUUGCCUUCUUCUUCUUCUCCACUGGCUCUUGUUUUCCUUUGCCAUGGGUAUGGCAUGGAGUGCAGUGGUUUCAUGAGAGAAUGCGGGGUAAGGCUUGCUCGUGCAGGAUAUGCUGUAUUUGGGAUCGAUUACGAAGGACAUGGACGGUCUAAAGGUUCUCGUUGUUACAUCAAGAAGUUCGAAAACAUCGUUAAUGACUGCUAUAAUUUUUUCAAGUCAGUCAGUGUGCAGGAAGAGUACAGGAAUAAGUGCAGGUUCUUGUAUGGAGAGUCCAUGGGAGGUGCAGUGGCCCUACUAUUGCACAAAAAGGACCCUACAUUUUGGAAUGGUGCUAUUCUUGUUGCACCCAUGUGUAAGAUAUCAGAGAAAGUGAAGCCACACCCAGUGAUCGUGAAUAUCCUGACCCGAGUAGAAGACGUUAUACCAAAAUGGAAGAUAGUUCCCACAAAAGAUGUCAUUGAUGCAGCUUUCAAAGACCCCGUUAAGAGAGAACAGAUAAGGAGCAACAAUUUGAUAUACCAAGACAAGCCUAGGCUUAAAACAGCACUAGAAAUGCUGAGAACUAGCAUGAGCCUUGAAAACACUUUAAGUGAGGUGACACUACCAUUCUUUGUGUUACAUGGGGAAGCUGAUAUAGUGACUGACCCAGAAGUAAGUAGGGCACUGUAUGAGCGAGCUGGCAGCACAGACAAGACCAUAAGACUGUUUCCAGAAAUGUGGCAUGGUUUAACCUCCGGAGAGCCCGAUGAAAACGUUGAUAUUGUCUUUAGGGACAUCAUAGGUUGGCUUGAAAAGCACACAACCGUUGGCAAUGCUGUGACAGUUCAGCCAAUUCACCCAUUUAGAAAUGGCGUUGAGAUGUGCACUACCUCAGCAUCAUCUGCAACAACAAACAAGCAACAGCCACAGCGAACAGUUUCAGCAGGCAGCUAUUGUUGUGGAUUGAAGGGACGCCGUACACUUCAUCACUCAUCAAUGUAACACACUUUUGGGCUGCUUGUCUACAUCUAGUCUUUCUUUGCGUGUUGUGUAAUUAUUCCUUAGUGGUCUUCAUUUUGUUCCAAUUGUGAAGUGAAUCUCAAAAAUGAAAUAAAAUAAGGAAUGUUCUUAUUGAUAGACCUAA